AUGGCGCUCUUCAAGCUCUGGAAGCUCAUCGCGAAAGAAUACGGGGCUGACGCAACGCAGGCCAACCCAGACGAUACCUAUCUUACAUAUAACGAUAUCAAUUUGACGUAUGAAGAUGUGGAUACAUUGAAGAACGACUGGCUGACGGACAAUGUAAUCGCUUUCUGGGAAGAAUACCUGGAGCGGGAAGUUAUCGCCCAGUACAAAACCACCAACAUCAUCCUUCUCCGGCCAAGCAUGUCCUAUUUACUCUACCAGACACCGAAUCCUCACACCUUGCAAGACGCUCUUCCCGACUUUACCAAAGCAAGCCACAUCUUCCUACCCAUCAAUGACUGUCGCAGUGUGACGGAAGCUGAGGGUGGCACCCAUUGGUCAUUACUCCUCGUUUCCGUUGUGGAUAACGUCGCGUUCCACUAUGACUCCCUCCCUCCCGGAAACCGAAACGAGGCACUGCGGGUCGCGCAGAAAGUUAGCAUCAUCCUCGACCGUGGAUUCCGCUUCGUCCAGCUGGACGACUCUCCCGUCCAAGAAAACAGCAGCGACUGCGGCGUUUAUGUUUGUCUGACCAUGCGACACCUCCUGAUCAGCCGGCUGCUCAAGGCCUGCACGAGCCAGAUGGUGAGCAUGAGCCUGGGCGGCAAGAAAAUCGAUGCUUCUGCUGGCAGACGAGAAAUGGUGCGCAUAAUCGACCGCUUCCGGAAGAAGAAAAGCCCGUAUGUGCCAAUCUUUGUUUUUGUGCUGAGUCUUAUCGUCGCCGUCAUGCUUGCAGCCAUGCCUCACUCCGCUUUGUUCCCUAGCCUUCACCUCCUUUGUAAACUAUUAUCUGGCGACUCCGAACUCACACAAAAAGAUAUCCCCGAAGCUUUCUUUAAGCCCACGCAGAUCAAGGUGAUCCUUUUAUCCUAUCCGACGUCCCGUCGCUACGUUGCGGUCUCGCCCCGUGUUUAUCAUUUAUAUAUCCCCCGUCCGCUCGAGUUUUGCGAACAGCAUUUCUGGACCAGUAAAAGUUGUUUUUCCCAGUCACAUCUGCUGUACGAGCAUGAGCUAAAGCAAGGCCGCAUCCCUGCGGCUUACUACCGUGGUGGAACAUCGCGUGGUCUCAUCUUCCACACCAAACACCUCCCCCAGUCCCGUUCAGAAUGGGCGCCAAUCUUCAGGGGAGUGAUGGGCUCCCCGGACCCCAAUGGGCGCCAGCUCGAUGGAAUUGGCGGCGGGAUAUCAAGUUUGUCGAAAAUAUGUGUCGUGGGGCCGUCGAGCAGGCCGGGUGUGGAUGUUGACUUUACUUUUGUGCAAGUGGGAGUCAAGAAUUCUGAUCUCGAUUAUUCGGGGAAUUGUGGCAACUUAAGUAGCGCAAUUGGCCCCUUUGCGGUUGAUUCGGGGGUUUUCUUGCCUGAUGUCCAAAGAGGGGAGGCGACAGUGCGCAUAUUCAAUACUAAUACGGGGAAAAUCAUUAAGGCUACAUUUCCAGUAUUUGAUAGAGAGGCUGUGGCAUAUGGGGAUUUUGCGAUCGAUGGGGUUGCUGGAACUGCAGCCAAAAUACAACUUGACUUCAUGAACCCAGGUGGCUCGAAAACUGGAAAAAUGCUACCCACUGGUCAGGUUGUGGACUGCAUCGACGGAGUUCGGGCUACAUGUGUAGAUGUAGGGAAUCCCUCGGUGUUUCUAUCUGCGGAGGAGCUUGGUGUUGAUGGAACUAUGCUUCCUGACGACACACAAAACGUACCCGGGUUGUUACAGCGACUGGAGUCGAUUCGACAAAAGGCUACUAUGAUGAUGGGAAUGGCAAGGUCACCAGGGGAAGUACCUGCGUCAAUUCCAAAGAUAGGUUUCGUUUCACCCCCGAGUUCGCAUUCAUUACUCUCCGGUGAAAAGCUCGAUGAGAGCUCUGUUGAUGUUGUGGUACGUGCAAUCUCUGUGGGCCAGCCUCACAGGGCGUUACCAAUAACAACAAGCCUAAGCCUGGCGGCUGCGGCGAAGAUCCCUGGCUCCAUUGUGAGCCAGUAUCUUAGACCCGGCGCGGAUAAAAAGGAGGAAUUGGUAAUUGGACAUUCAAGUGGGAAGCUUGUUGUCGGCGCAAGGAUCGGUGAUGAUGGAGAGGUAGAGAGAGCCACGGUAUAUAGAACAGCAAGGCGAUUGAUGGAAGGCACUGUAUACUGGAAGUGA